GUGAAACAAUCUUGCCGUUGAAAGCUAUUACAGAUCUUAGCCUCUCUUAAUCUUAAAAAUUCGCGAUAUGUAAUGGUAUUUCUUUCACAUUUACGAUAUCAGGGCAAGAAUGUUUACCUAAUGUUAUCUUUCCAGCUGCUCUUGCGGAAGAAAAUUCGAUGCGGACGAUGAAUGGCUCGACGAAAGAAACUGCCGACACAGAAGCGUGCAUAUUCGAGUUAAGUUUUCGGAUUCCCAUAUCCAUUCUGUUUGUUGCGACAUUUUUGCUGUCUUUAUCCGAGAAUGUUUUGGUGACCAUCGUGAUUAGCAUCGACAAAAAACUACGCAGACCUUCAAAUGGCUAUCUUUUGAGUUUGGCGUUGACAGACAUUAGUAUCUCAAUCGGAUUGAUACCACUAGAGAUGACAUAUGUAUGGUCGUACCCAAAGUGGCCACUUGGCUCCACAGGAACAAAUUUUCUUAACUCUGUAUGGCUAUUCUCAAUAGCAGGUUCUUUCAUCACCCUGCUAGUUAUCACAGUAGACCGCUACAGAGCAGUGAUGUCCGUGGUACGAUACAGGGAUAUUGCUUCAUGGCGGAGAACAUUUGUGAUCGUUGGAUUAGUCUGGAUCUACGUUGUAACUAUCGUAGUAUUAAUGGGUCUUUUUGCCUUUGAGCCAAUCACGGAAGAAACAUAUGAAUGGAACGUUAAUUUCAAAUUUUAUUACGCGUUCUUGGCCAUGCACAUAGUUCUUCCACUGCUUUUGAUUAGUGCAUUUUACUACAAAAUAUACAAGAAGGCAGUGGAGAACCGACAACAACUCUUGUCACGCGGUCAGGUACAUCCCGGAACUGCCACUAGUUCUGAUACCGUCACGGAAACUAGACUUGAAGUUAAAAUGGCAAAAACUGUUGCCUUUGUGUUUAUGUUUCUGGUCAUUGUGUGGAUGCCAGUUUUAAUUUUGGAAAUUUUUUAUGCUAUCGGUAGUCAGUCCUGUGUUGUAGGACAACUUGGGGUUGUUAGUGUGUGGCUGACUUGUAGUAAUGGCGUUAUCAAUCCUAUAGUUUACUCUCUCAGGAACAAAGACUUCCACCGCUCCAUGUUGCAGUUGAUUCGAUGCAAAAGACCCAGGUCCGCAAGCGCUUACAGGCUACCACAUUAACCCCUUAACUCUCGUGAGUGACCAAGACAUGAUUUCUCCUUACAAAAUUAACACUACAUAAAAAAGAAAAGUUAUAAGACUAAAGAAAAAUUAUCAAUAAUUGGAAUAUUAGUUGAUCCAAUACCAAAUUCUCCAAAGUUACUUAUUACGAAUUGUAGGACAAACGGUAAGGAGAAUUGCUUUUGAGAUCUUUGGAGCGGAAGGGUUAAUAAUCCCAGUGCAAUUCAGAAAUACUUUUAGGAGUGUUUUUGUGGUUACAGUUAUUAUAUUGAGGUGCGUGGGAAGUUUCGGUAGAUUUCGUCAAUUGUAGCAAACAGCAGAAUUUAAUAAAACCUCAUUGGUCGCUUA